GGCGGCAGCUGCUGGUGGUGCUUGGGGGCGCCGAUGUCCUCCGCCAUAAAGCCCAUGGCCCCAGCCGAGGGAGGAGGAGGACUCCCGAGGAGGGCGGACGAGCAGCAGGAGGAAGAGAAAAAGAAGAAGGAGCUGGAGGAAAAGCACUCUCGCCCGCCCACCCGCGCCGCCGGGGGCUGCACCCCACGCAGAUGGAGUUCAACCUGCUCACGGACUCGGAAGCCCACAGCCCCACUCUGUCCCUCUCGGAGUCUGGGACCCCUCAACAUGAGCACAGCUGUAAGGGGCAAGAGCACAGCGACACAGAGAAGUCACAGCAAAACCAGACUGAUGACUCCAAUCCUGAGGAUGGCUCCUUGAAAAAAAAGCAACGCAGGCAAAGAACUCACUUCACUAGCCAACAACUGCAGGAGCUGGAAGCCACUUUCCAGAGGAACCGGUACCCUGACAUGAGUACCCGAGAGGAGAUCGCUGUUUGGACCAAUUUGACUGAAGCAAGAGUCCGGGUGUGGUUUAAGAACCGCAGAGCAAAAUGGAGGAAGCGAGAAAGAAACCAGCAGGCAGAACUUUGUAAGAACAGCUUUGGAGCCCAGUUCAAUGGACUGAUGCAGCCUUAUGAUGAGAUGUAUGGUGGCUACUCAUACAACAACUGGGCGACCAAAGGCCUCGCGGCCAGCACACUGUCAGCCAAGAGCUUCCCCUUCUUCAAUUCCAUGAACGUCACUCCUCUCUCAUCGCAGCCCAUGUUCUCAACACCCAGCUCCAUUGGAUCCAUGCCCAUGCCCUCCUCCAUGGUUCCCUCAACAGUGACUGGUGUGCCAGGGCCAGGCCUCAACAACCUCAACAGUCCUGGCCUCAAUUCUGCUGUUUCAUCCAGUACCUGUCCUUAUGCAUCCUCGGCCAGCCCUUACAUGUACAGGGACACGUGCAACUCCAGCCUGGCAAGCCUGAGGCUGAAGGCGAAGCAGCAUGCCAACUUCACUUAUCCAGCAGUGCAGACAGCCAGCUCCAGCCUGAGCCCCUGCCAGUACGCUGUGGAUCGGCCAGUAUGAGGGGCCAGACCCUCACCCCACCCUACUUCCAAGAACUUGGCCUUUAGCCCAAGAAUGCCAACCAGACUAAAUUCCAGGAAGGCCCAUUUAGUUAUACAGUUACAAAUGUCUGACAAUCUUUUUUGGUAAAGUGAAAAACAAUUGCUCGCUGAAAGUCCGUUUGGGAAAGAGGAAUGCUGGCCAGGCUCUGAGCUCAUUUUUCAGUCCACCCGUGUAAUGCGAUAGCCUUUCUCUUGCUCCUGCUCCAGCCCACGAACAGGCAACCAGUUCAUGAAACAAUACAGAGGAACCCGGGGAAAUUGAUGCAGCUGCUAACACCACUCAUAAUAAUUUGUCAUUUUGUAACCCGGAAAGGAAGGUUUGCUUCCAGGUAAAGAUGAAAGGUGUGUGAAGGCAGGUGUGAGAGACAUGGGAAGAGUCUGGGGUAAAGCUGAAUGGAAACACCUGCUGGGAUCCCUCAGGUUCACACUGUUUUCCAAGAUUGCCACAGAAGCUGCCCACAUGUGACCAAGAGAGGUACGGAGUUUUGACGUCAGGAAAAAAAAAUCUCUGAAAGUUCCUAAGAUGCCGGCACAUGAUCCUCCAGCUCCAAGGACAUUCCCUUACAUGGAUGAAGGAUCAAUGCAGUUCAUUCCCUCUUUGGUUUCAUGUUGUGCCAAGGUAGGAGUGAAUGAUCAACAUUCCCAUAUCACACAGAAUCCUAUCGAUUUCCUUUGGCAAUAAAGAGCUCUUCCACUCUCCUAGAAUAACUCUAAUUGAUACAUAAAUAAAACCCGACGAAAUUUCCACCAAA